AUGGCUGAAGCAGUCGCGACGACUUUGCUGAGGUGGCUGGCAUAUGUGCUCCCAAAGCUACUGGCCUACACUGCACUGAGCCUGGCAAAUGCCAAGGAAGCACAGCCGGAGCAACAAGCAGGAGCGGAGGAGCUGAGCUGCAAGUUGCUGCAGCGCGCAGCCACCAUUUUCAAGCAGCAUGGAAGUGGCCACUUCGAGGUGUUGGGUGCCUUUGCAGAUGCGCUUGACGGCCCUGGUGAUUUCAGCUGGGCAUCGGGGCAGCUCGCAAAAGCCCUCGGAUUGCCAGACACCCUCCCAGAGCUCGUGGAGGGCCUCUCAACAGAUUUGGAAGCAGGAACUUUACCCGCCGUGGACAUCGUCCUGGGCCGAGCAGAGGCUUCUCGUCGCUUCAUGCGUGUGCUUUGCCACCACUUGCCCGAGCAGCAGGCUAGCGCUGUCCAGCGGCGAUUGCUAGAGUCUGUGGCGCUGAGCUCUUGUAAUGUUCUGUCCAACUGCAUCGCAUUGGUGCCUGGCGUGCUGCCACAAGCCGCGGAAUCCAGUUGGAGCUUCUGUCGCAAGACGAUGCCGGCUGUGUGCCGUUGUGCAUCUGGGGCCGACCCCGACCUUGUAAAUUCGCAGGCUGCUGAAGUCCUCGCACUGCAGGCUCUCGAGUCCUUGGUCGAGUCCUGCCCGGACGAAGAGGUGUCGGCCCUGCUGCAGAAUUUCCGAGACACCUUCGGGCCGCUGCUCAGAGGCCGAGGGCAGAGCUCGGCGGGCGAGCGUGCCAGCCGAGGGGCCGCAACAUGCUGGGCCUCGGCCACUGCUGCACUGCUGCGGCGGCGGGGCACUUGUUCUGAACAGGCCGGUAGCUUCUUGGAAGCUUUGCUGCUGGCUUUGGACGAAGAAGCACCUGUCGGGCCAUACGUUCCAGAAGCGUUUCGGGUGCUGGCACCGGUGAAGGUGGACUCGUCCAAGCCAGGGAGAGAUGCACUUCCACCGAUCGCCCUACAGCAGCUCUCGCGAACAGUUCUGCCAUCUUUGGUGUCUCGAGCGAAGGCCUUGGGCGGGGCUGCAUGGACCCGGCGAGCAGCAUUGGAGAGCGCUGUGGCUUUGCUGGCAUCGCUGUCUGUGGAGGUUGCCUGCGGUGAUUGCAGUGACGACCUGCGGUGGUGUGCACUGACAGGGCUGAAGCGCUUGAAAGAAAGUGCGGCAGCUGCGAAUGCCGAGCAGGAGCGUGCAGCAUCGCAUGACAUCUCAGCGACGAAGCAGAAGCUCCUGUCCAGGCUGCCAUCUUUGCAGUUCAUGUCUUGCAGCUUCUGGUACGUGCUAUCCAGCGGAAAGAAUCCUGGGUGGAGGUCGGUCCGCUGUGUGAGCUUUGCGGCGCUCACUGCAAGCCUUUGGCAGCUCAGCUCUGAAAUCUUCGCUAGCAUCACCCUGGCACAGCUCCUCCCUGCAGGCUGGACUGCGGCGAAGGUAGUGGAGCUCACUCCACAAGGAACUGCAGCCGUGGCAAAUGCUUGGGCGAAGGUGGCAUUUCGUGAUGAGAGCCUUUUCGCAGCACUGGGCAGUGCGAUUGGUCGGAAUCUGUCAAGCUUCAAGGCGCAGCAUGUUGCAAACCUGCUGAACGCAUAUGCAAAACUGCAGCUAAAGGAUGCAGAAGUGCUUGGACAGCUGGCCUUGCAAAUCCCAAGCCGGGCGCGGGAUUUGGUUCCUAUGGAGUUGUCCCAAUCACUUCACGCCUUGGUGAAGCUCGGGAUUGCCUCGGAAAAUCGGAAAGCUCUCUUCUGCUUAGCGGAGGCCGUCGAAGAGCGUGCGUCGGAGUUCCACAGCCGCCAGCUCGCGGUCUCAAUGCAUGCCUUCAGCAUGCUGUCCACCAACCACGGGAAGAUGUUCCAAAGCCUGGCUCCGCAGGUGCUGGCCACCCUGGGCAUGGCAGACGACCAAAGCGUCGCCAUGCUUUUCUGUGCUUAUGCCCGGUCUGGCCAAGUUCAUGAGCAGGUAAUUCGGGGCUUGAUGGACAAGCUGUUGGACGCUAUCCCGAAUUCGGAACAACAGACACAGGUACAGCUCUUCUACGCAUGCGGCCGACUUGCACUUCACAAGGAGCCUUUGGCGCGAGUGCUGGCAGGAUCCUUGCGUGGCAAAGUGCCGAGAUUAUCGUCGCAGCAUGUGGCCAAUUGCCUUCUGACGAUUUCCCGCCUAUCACUGGCAUCCGAAGAGUUUGCAGCACUGCUGGCCGCGCUGCAGGCUCGGCUUUUGAGAAAAGAUGUGAAUUUCGAAGUGCAGCAAUUGGCCAACUCCUUCCAUGCCAUUGCGGGGAUCCACGGUGACGGCGCGCCUGUGCAGCUGUACCCCGCUCCCUUGCCCGCGCCUGUCCUACAGAUCCUAAUAGACCAAGUGGAGAAGUCAGGUCCAAGCUGGGCAGAGCAUCCGCAACUCAUGGUCUCGAUGUGUCACAUGAACAUGGCAGACCUAGAAGAGCCAGUGACCUGUGCAUUCUAUCACCUAGUCUGCAUCCCUGGUAUGGCGAACGCACCGGUUGGUGCAACAAACGGCAGAGCACGGCUCAAGAGCGGACUCAGCUCGCCAGCUAAGCUGAAGCUCAAUAGGAGCUGGUGGUUGGCGUUCACGAAGCGUCCAGACAUCAGUGCAGGCCUGGAUCCUCACGAGACUAUGAGGCUACAGGAUGCCGAGGAAAUGCUGGAGCAACUUGGGGCGAGCACCGAGGGGUUCCAAGAGUACCUGAAAGCACGAGUACAUGGUGCAGAAGCUCAGACUCAAGUUCAGGAGACUGAAAGGCCCAACCACUGCAGACUCGAAGAGCAGGAAAAGGAUCGAUGGGAGGAGGGUCGUGCGCAAAGCGACAAUUCAAACUGA